GUAGACACUCUCCAUUAAGCCAAGUAGCAAACAUGGACGGCGACGAUGGGCUGAUGCUCAACUUCGCGGCAUCAAGCUCAACCAAGCCGCAGCAGCAGCAUAAGGGCAAGCGAUCAGCCCCUUCUCAACAGCCAGCAGCCUCGUCCUCUUCAUCUAAGCGCUCAAAGGUAGAAAGCGGCAGCUCAGCUCCCAUCAAAAAGGCUCCUCGACCUUCAAACGAUGGUCGUCAGACGCAUGGGCCCUCUUCAUCGGCAUCAUCAUCACGCGCCAAGCCCACAACAUUCAUCUCCUCCCUCUUCUCCAAAGUGCCUCAGGCUGACACCCUCCAAACGGACGAAGAUGCCGAAGAGGAGCGCAGAGCACGUAACAAGGCCAAGCCCACAAACGCUCCAGGGAGCGAUGCGUCUACAUUCUCCGGUCUCGGGCUCGACCCUUUGCUCGUAGCUCAUUUGGAGAGCAAGCGCAUGUCCAUUGGCUCACGGCCUACUGGCAUUCAACGCGCCGCUUUGCCCACCUUGCUGCAGGACGACGAUUCGAGGGAUGCCCUCGUUCAUGCCCAGACCGGGUCAGGCAAGACGUUGACGUACCUUCUGCCUAUUAUCCAGUCGCUUCUACCGCUUUGCACAGAGACAUGGAUCGACCGCAGCGUUGGCACCCUGGCCAUCAUUCUGGCACCUACGCGCGAGCUGGCAAGACAGAUCUACGAGGUGGCCGAGAAGCUUUGUCAGUUGCAUCUGUCCCUUCGAGAGCAGGCAGAGGAAGACGGUGACGAGGCUUCCGCAGCAAGGCGAACACGGUGGCUCGUUCCCGGUCUCCUCUCCGGCGGCUCGACCAAGAACCAUGAGAAGUCCCGGCUGCGAAAGGGCAUCCCACUCCUCGUUGCCACCCCCGGUCGUCUUCUAGACCACCUGCAGAAUACCAGCAGCUUCGACGUAGGCAAGUGUCGCUGGCUCGUCCUCGACGAAGCUGACAGGCUGCUCGAGAUGGGCUUCAAAGAGACAUUGGAGGGCAUUUUGAAGGCGAUGGAUGGUAGGAGAAGAUUGGCCUGCAACACGGCAAUGGAGGCUAUGCAGGAGACGAUGGGCUCAGAUGCGCGCAUCGCGUACGAGGAUGUCGAGGAUGGCACAGGCGUCAAGUGGUGGGCAAAGCCGAGAAAAGUCGUGUUGUGCAGUGCCACGCUGGAUGAGAAUGUGCAGACUCUCGCGGGUACGCACCUUCGUCGGCCACAAGUGUUGCGAGGUAGUGGAGAGAUGCCAGACACGGCGCCAGCGACUGAGCAGGCGGACCCCGCUACUUCAGCCAAUGGCAUCGACCCAGGAUCUUCUCUCUACCCUCGCCUCGCCGCCCCUGCGCAGCUGAGGCAAAACGCCGUGGUCGUCCCACCGAAGCUGCGCCUCGUCACCCUCAUUGCACUGCUGCGCUCAGCUCUCUCACGAAACAGCUCCGUCGUCAACGCUGACGCCCGAAGAGUCAUCGUCUUCGUCAGCUGUACGGAUAGCGUAGAGUUCCUCUGGCACGCUUUGGGUGGGGUGAAGAUGGGCGAAGAUGAUGAGGCUGGUGGAGAUGACGGUGAUGAAAAUUCGGACAACGAAGAAGAGAAGGCGUCCAAAGGCAAGCCGAAGAUAGCAAAGGAAUGCGAGCUCUUCCCCUCGACUCCCAUCUACAGGCUACAUGGUUCUCUCCCCCAAUCAGAUCGCAUUGCCUCUCUCAAGGGCUUCUCGGCAGGCAUGGGCAAGAAGACCAAGACGCCAUCCUCAUCCUCGAAUGAUGGAGCCAUCCUGCUCUGCACGUCAGUCGCAGCGCGUGGUCUCGAUCUCCCCUCCGUCGGGUGCGUGAUCCAGCUCGACCCGCCAACGGAGGGUGGCGUGGACGAAUACCUCCAUCGAAUCGGAAGGACGGCCAGAGUUGGAAAGGAGGGAGAGAGUUGGAUCAUGUUUCUGCCGCACGAGCGGGAGGCGAGGGAGAGGUUGGAAGGGGCAAUGCAGCAAGAUGACAAGGCUGCUGCGAAAUCAUCCUCAGUCAUCUCCGAGGUGGGCGCGGACUAUAUCCUGAAGCGCGGCUUCGGCGGGCGAGGCGACGAGUACGAGUCGCGUGCCACGGAGGUCCAACUAGCAUUCGAGCGCUGGGUGCUUCGCACCUCCACCUCGUCCCCGACCUCUGCUGCCACACUAGCCCGUAAAGCUUUCCUCUCGCAUAUCCGAGCGUACGCCACGCAUCCGUCGAACGAGAAGGACCUCUUCCAUGUGCGAUUCCUCCAUCUGGGCCACCUGGCAAAGAGCUUCGCCUUGAGGGAGGCGCCGGAAGUCAUCAAGAGCAAUGCAAGGAAAGAAGCAGCGAAGGGGGCAGCUGCUGCCGUUGCGGCGAAUAGGGAUAGGCGAGUGAAGCCUGACAAGAAGGAGAGGUUGGAGGCGCGAGCAGGCAAAGCCAAUGGCACUGCUGCCACAGAUGGCAAGGCGGACGGCGUCGACGAUGAUGACGAGGAUGCCGACCUGCCACGCACGGCCAUCAAGGCGGACAUCCCCUCGCGCUCCUCUCGUGGCGCAAAGGACAACAUCCUGGAGGACGUCAGCCGCGGCAGCAAGAAUGCCGACGCCGAGGCGCGAAUGUACGCGAAGGUCCGCGCCUUGGGCAAGCAGUCGAAGAAGGGAGGUAUGCUCGGGUCGUAUGGCGCUGAUGAGUUCCAGAUUGCCUAGCCAGAGGCGAGUGACUGUUGCCUUUGCGCCAAAGUUGCAGCAAUGAGAUCUUUGAGCAUGGCGACACAUGCUGCAUUGUUGUGUGGCUGAUUGUCAGGGGGCACGUGGACGAAGAGGACUGGCGUGGCGGCCUGCUGAUCAGAGGUACGCUUAUGGGCCUCUACGAGACUGCAAUAGUAGGUGAAGUCGCAGAGAAA